AUGAACAAUGAAGGAUCUGCAGUUAUAAAUGAAGACGAUGAUACAAGUUUAUUAGUAGUUAUUUUAGAUUGUAAUGUUUAUUCAUGGGGUAAUAGAGAGAAAUCAUUACAAGAUGCGAUAAGUGGUAUGAAUGAUGAUAAUGACAGUAGUAGUAGAUAUAAUGGUAGUACGACAAUAGGGAACAAUAAUAACAACAACAAUAACAAUAAUAGCAACAACAAUAAUAAUGUAAAUAAAAGAUUAAUCAAUACAAGUAAAAACAAUUAUAUAGGAUUCAAUAAAUUUUUAGAACACUUUAUGGUAUUUAUAAAUGCAUAUUUAAUGCUAAAUCAAGAGAAUCAACUUGCAAUCAUUUGUUCUAAAAUUGGUGAAAGUUCAUUCGUUUUCCCACAAUCAAAUAUUGAUCAAUAUCAACAAGAACAACAAGAACUUGAACAACGACAACUAAAUGAAAAUGGUGAACUAUUACCAACACCCAAUAAAACUAUUCAAGGUCAAAUAUUAGCUAAAUUACAAAAAUUAGAUUUAGAAAUAAAACAUGAUCAAACUGAUAUAUUAUCUUCAAGUUUCUCUGCUUCCAUGUCAAUUGCUUUAUGUUAUAUAAAUAGAAUUAAAAGAGAAACACCAACAAUUAAACCAAGAAUUUUAGUAUUUAAUAUAUCACCAGAUGUUUCAUCACAAUAUAUAUCUGUAAUGAAUUGUAUUUUUUCAUCACAAAAGCAAUCGAUACCCGUUGAUUCUUGUAUACUUUCUCAAUCAGAUUCAACAUUUUUACAACAAGCUUCACAUUUAACGAGUGGUAUUUAUUUAAAACCACAAAAACAAGAAUUAUUAUCACAAUAUUUAUUGACUACAUUUUUAUUAGAUACAUUAUCAAGAAAAUCAUUAGCAUAUCCAACAUUAAAAUCAGUUGAUUAUAGGGCAUCAUGUUUUUGUCAUAAGAGAAUUGUGGAUAUUGGUUAUGUUUGUUCGGUUUGUUUAUCGAUUUUUUGUGGUCACUCAUCAUCAUGUUCAACUUGUGGAACUAAAUUCUCUUUAAAAAUAGAUUUAAGAAAACAAUUAAACAAUAAUCCCACCACUACUACUUCUGCAACCUCAACAGUAAAUAAUAAAUCAUAG